AUGUCUAUUCCAAAUGUUCGCGUGAAUAACUUUGUUAUAGAAAAACAUACGUUACCUAUUGAUAUUAUCUCGAAAGUUUAUAUUAUCUGUGAAUGGAUCCUUGGAGUAAAUAGACUACCUGUGAUAUUCAAUAUGAAGAGCAUAUUAUACAAUGUAUUAACAUUAGCCUUUUCCUUAGUUUUUAAUGUCUUAACAUUUUUCUAUAUUUUCACUAGUAAUCCAAAGCGUUUAUCCAAUUUUGUGGUACGUUUAAGCCUGAUGGAAUAUUUUAUAUGUUCCUUCUUAGGAUUUUUGACGUGGAAAUCUAUUAAAAGUUUUUACAGUGAACUGCAUAAAUUUGAUAAAGAUAUUGGAGUUAAUUGGAAUUUCAUAACAUAUAAUUCUAAGUGUAAUUUUAUGCAGACUAUUGGUACUCUCGUUUACCUGUUUAUUAUUACUAUGCUACCUUACCAGAUAGAUGGUUUGAUAAAAUUUUGGUCAGAAAUAUUAACAAUAACGUGUACUCAUGUUUUAGAAAAUUAUUUUUAUGGUCAUCUCCUUAGUCUUCUCGUAAGUAGACUCCGCUUAAUAAGAAUUCUACUCCUAUCAUCCUUUACAACUAAAGAAGAAGAAGAAAUUAAUUCUGUGUCUGAAAAGGAUCAUAACAGCUACUUCAAAAAUAUUAUUAGUUUAAACGCCUCUAAAUCGAAAGUGGAAAUGAAGAAAUUGAUGCAAUUAUAUAAUAAUAUAAUAGAAGCCUAUGAUUUACUUAAUAAGGCAAUAAAAGCGCAGAUAUUAGUAAUAUUUUCAAUAAUUUUCGUGACCAGUUUAACCUUGACUUAUAAUGCGGCUCUAAAAAUUAUCAACGAUGAUUAUACCUGGGCAAACGGAAUAUUUGAUGUUGGGAUGGCUGUAACAGAUGUUGUUCCUGUGAUAGUACCUUGUGUAUUUGGAGAAAAAAUUCACACCGAAGUCCUCCUGUUGCGUUCGGCGUUAUAUUCAAGGAUUUAUAAAAACGUUUUUGAUAAAUCGAAUCGAAGCAUCGCUACUUCUCUGUUAGCCUUAACGGAAGCCCGAACUUUAACAUUCUCCAUCUUUCGAAUGAUCGAUAUUAACAUAACACUCCCGAUUAAGUUUUUGGGGUUGCUGGCCUCCUAUCUUGUAAUAUUACUUCAGUUUAAGAAAGUUAUUGCAGGCUAG